AUGGCCUUCCUACAGUCUCCGGCAAUCGACAGCUCGCGCUGGCAUCAACGAAUCGCGUCAAUCACCACCACAUCCAACGAAAAGAUCCGUCUCAACUACAUCGAGUGCGCAUCACCACGUUUGGCGAGAAAAAAAGGCGUCAUACUCCUCAUCCACGGCUUCCCUCAAACAUCAUACCAGUUCCGGCAUGUCAUCACGCCGCUAUCAGUUGCCGGCUAUCGCGUCAUCGCGCCCGACUAUCGUGGCGCCGGACAAUCUUCCAAACCCCUAACGGGCUACCAAAAGACGCAGAUGGCGGAGGACUUGCACAUCUUGGUUCAAGAACACUUUGGUAUCAAAGAGAAGAUCAAUGUUGUGGGACAUGACAUCGGUGGCAUGAUUGCGUUCGCAUAUGCAUCGCGGUACCCCGACGAUGUAGCUAGCGUCAUUUGGGGUGAAUGUCCGCUACCUGGCACAUCAUGCUACGAGAACGUCAAAGGCACAGCUGACGUCUUCCACUUUGUUUUCCAUCAGGUACCCGACCUGCCGGAAUUCUUGAUAGCGGGCAAAGAGCGAGAAUACCUCAAGCAUUUCUUUGACAAGAUUUCGUAUAACAGUGCGGCUAUUUCGCCCGCCGAUCUUGAGCAUUACGCCCUGGUAUAUUCGCAACCUGGUGCUAUUAGGGCGGGUCUGGAGGUCUAUCGCGCAUUUGAGAAGGACGCUGAGGAGAAUAGGCAAUGGGUGGCUGAACAUGGGAAGGUUAAGGUGCCGUCGAUGCUUAUGAAUGGGGAGAAGUUUAUGCUGGCGCAGUCUGCGGAGGGUAUGGCGAACGAAUAUCAUGAAGGUGCGGAGAUGGUGACCAUUGAAGAGGCGGCGCAUUACAUUGCGGAAGAGAACCCUGAGGCUUUUGUGAAGGGUGUGUUAGAGUUUGUUGCUAAACACUGA